AUGGCAUUCGCAAUCUGUAUUUUUCUCGCCCUGCUGGGCUACGUGCUGGGUCAGGGGUCUCGGGAAUGCCCGACCGAACAGCUGACGGUCAAGACCUCCACGGGUACAUUUACAGGUGUGAUCGAUCCCGAGUUUCCACACACGCGCCAAUUCCGCGCCGUCCCGUUUGCAAAGCCGCCCGUGGCGUCACUCCGUUGGAUGCCCCCGCAGAAACUCGAGCCGACGGACUCGCACCACUAUGCCACGCGCUUCCCGCCGUCCUGCCCCCAGUUUGUAUCUGGGGUGCCGACAUUCUGGAACGGCGACCUUACUCGAGGCAAUCUGAUCUACAAUGGUGCACAGAAUGAUACUUCGGGACUCGUGGGCGAGGCUACUUCCGAGGACUGUUUAUAUCUAGCGAUAUGGACACCUACCCUCGCCAGCAACGAAACUACAGCAGAGCAGGACGAGCUCCUACCCGUCCUCUUCUUCAUGACAGGCGGCGGCUUCUACAUGGGCGGGGUCGACAUCCCCUGGCAGAUGCCCACGUCGUGGGUCGAGCGGUCACGGUCGCACAUUGUGGUCACCAUCAACUACCGCGUCGGCAUCUUUGGCUUCCCCAACGCGCGCGGGCUCGACGACCAGAACCUCGGCAUCCUGGACCAGCGCGCCGCCCUCGAGUGGGUGCGGGACAACAUUGCCGCGUUCGGCGGCGACCCGACCCGCAUCACGCAGAUGGGCCGCUCGGCGGGCGCCACCUCGGUCGACAUGCACUCGUACGCCUGGCACGACGACCCCAUCGCCCAGGCCAUCUACAUGCAGUCCGGGACCGUCUUCUCCACCAACCCGCUGCGCUUCGCCCCUCCGGCCUACUCCAACUUUAGCUUCGUGGCGCGCCGGCUCGGCUGCGAGCCUCCCUGCGGUCGUGGAGGCGAGCAGGACGAAGCGGAAAGGGCCGCGGCGGAGCUGGACUGCAUGCGGCGCCUGUCGUACAUGCAGAUCGUCAACUUUGUCGGGCAGUACGGCGACAACGGCACGGCGCCGCCGCUCACCUUUGCCUGGACCCCGGACGACCGCGUCGUCUUUUACAACUACACGGCGCGCUCCGAGGAGGGCCUCAUCGCGCGCGUGCCGUACAUGAUGUCGGUCGCGGCCAACGAGUGGUCGUCGCUGGUCCCCUGGCCGACCGACAACACAACCGCGGGGCCCUCGCAGUCGGAAAUCACGGAACUAAACGUGGAGAGCUACGUCUGCCCGACGCUCAAGUCGACCGUGUACCGCAACAGGCUGGGCGCCGAGACGCCCGUCUUCCGGUUCCAGUGGGCCGGGACCUUUCCCAACCUCAACGUCUACGAGUGGCUCGGCGCGUACCACGCCAGCGACAUUCCCAUGUUCUUCGGCACCUACCACCUGCUGGACCACGUUGCCGCCAGCACAGAGUUCCAGGCACAAGUCAGCGUGGCCUUGCAGGACCACAUACUUGCCUUUGUCAAGGAUCCGCACCAAGGACCCCAGCGGGAAUACGGCUGGCUGCCCAUGGACGCCAGUGAGCCGGAUGGAGGGCACCUCCUCCGGUUCGGGGCUGGAGGAAAAGCAGUGCAGCACAUUGAUGGCGUCGAGGUGGAUGGAGUCUGUCUGGGACUGAGGGAAUAUGACCCGUUCCCGGAAUAA